AUGCAGAUAUAUGCUGAGAAUUUGGAGAGUGGGAAGGCGAACAUUGAGGAAGUCCAGGAAUCUGCUUCACAACCUAGCUCAGAUAUACCCCCAUUACUGAUGGGUUGGGCUUUGAAGUAUAGUUCAUCUAGCCGACGAUUUACGGAAGCUCAGAAGAAAUACCUAACAGACCUGUUCGUUCUUGGAGAGCAAACAGGAAGAAAAGCGGAUCCGGAACAGGUAUCCAAAGCUAUGAGAAAAACACGGGAUGGUAAUGGGUCUUUUCUGUUUGACGCUGGAAGCUAUCUCACAUCAAAACAAAUUACUAGCUUUUUUUCCCGUUUGUCUGCCAAGAAAUCUCUUCCAGCCACCUGCUCAAGCACUGCUGAUAACGAUAAAGAAGAAUCGAUUGACGAUAUGCUAGCAUCACAGGAAGAAAUAGAGUUUGAACGUGUGCGACAAGAGCUUCUCAGCGAAUUUGUCAUUGCUCAUCCCAUUGUCUUCGAUACCUAUAACAUCUGCCAAAUGGUUGCUGUCUCCGGUCUUUCGAAGUUAUCUAUAUCUGUGUUACAAUACAUUUGUAAGUACUUUGAACUUGACUGUUCAGAUAUAACAAAGAAACGAAAGCAGCCUUACGCUGAUAUCCUUACAGAGUUUGUCAAGAAUUCAUGCACAUGUACCAAUUGA